AUGCCAGAAGCAGUGUUGAUUGAUCUAUUUGGUUUGACAUUGAACUCUCAGAAAAGCUACCAGACAUUACUGAAGACAUUGAAUGCUGUGAGAUCCCACCAUGCUGCCAAGGCCAAGUUCCUUUGCAUAAUGUGCUGCAGUGACAUCAGCUGUGAAAGGAACAGUGACCUUGAUACUUAUGAAUUAGAAACAGCCAAUGGAUUAUCAGCUCUCCUAAGAGAAUUUGAGAUAGUUAGCAAUCCCAGUAUGGCUGCCUCUUUGUAUGCCAUUAAACAAAAAAUUGAUGAAAAAAAUCUGAGCAGCAUUAAGAUAAUUGUACCCAUGCACCGGAAGACAUUAAUGAAGGCUUUUAUUGAUCAACUCUUCACUCAAGUUUACAAUUUUGAGUUUGAAGACUUACAGGUAACUUUGAAGGGAGGUCUUUUGAAACAGCCCACUGAGAUAAACGUGAUCACAACUCAAGAACUGGAAGCUGUACAGAAUGAAAUAGAAACAUAUUUGAGAAGUCUGCCAGCACUGAAAGGAGAAUUAACCAUUAUCACAUCUCCUUUGAUCUCAGAUAUUUUCAUACAUGGAUUUACUACAAGAACAGGUGGGAUAUCUUACAUACCAACUCUCAGCUCAUUCAAUCUCUUCAGUAGUUCCAAGCGAAGAGAUCCUCAGGUAGUUGUUCAAGAAAAUCUGCGUAGGUUGGGGAAUGCUGCAGGAUUUAAUGUGAAGAAAUUUUACAGAAUAAAGACAGAUCAUGCCAAUGACGUCUGGGUUAUGGGAAGGAAGGAGCCAGAAUCUUAUGAUGGAAUCACCACAAAUCAGAGAGGAGUCACAAUAGCAGCUCUUGGUGCUGACUGUAUACCGAUAGUUUUUGCAGAUCCUAUCAAAAAAGCAUGUGGGGUUGCUCACUCUGGUUGGAAAGGGACUUUGCUAGGUGUUGCUAUGGCUACCGUGAAUGCUAUGAUAGCAGAAUAUAGUUGCAGUUUGGAAGAUAUUAUUGUCAUACUGGGACCUUCAGUAGGACCUUGCUGUUUUACUCUUCCAAGGGAAUCUGCAAGUGCAUUUCAUAAUAUUGAUCCUGAAUGUGUGCGGCUAUUUGACUCACCAAAUCCCUAUGUUGACAUUCGUAAAGCCACCAGGGUUCUUCUAGAACAAGGAGGAAUUCUACCACAAAAUAUCCAGGACCUGAUGCAAGAUCUCAACCUCUGUACAUCCUGCCAUCCUGAGAAGUUCUUCUCCCAUAUCCGCGAUGGCCUUAAUUUUGGUACACAGAUUGGCUUCAUAUCAAUUAGAGAAUGA